AUGCAAAAUCUGCGAUUCCCGAUCCUUUUACUCAUUCUCCCGCUGCUCACAAACUCGCAAAACGGAAUAGAGGAGAAUGAGGUGUCGGAUGAAAUGGGUCUCGACACGACAAGAACGACAACGACAACUACCAUGGAACCGCCGCCGGAUCCGUUCCGAGACAUCGACGACGAGAGCUCUUUGGACGAGAAAUUGGAAGAGUUGGAUGUGGAAUCACAGGAAAUUGUGAUCGAUUACGUGAGGAACGGAAGAAAAUUCUAUGGCGAUGUAACAGAUCAAGUUUCAAUUAUAAAACCCUUUUUUUUUAUUUUCAGCUGCGUCGCCGCCUCAUCCUCUACGUAAUGAAGUUCUCGCCGGUUCAAACGGCCGUCGAGGUGUCGGGCAAUGACGGGCAAAUUCAGAAGGUAACCGAUAGGGAUCUGGGCGGCACGAGAACAAAGAACAACAAUUUGCUUGCUACCACGUAUCUUUUUGUAUCUUUUUCCAGAUCGAGAAGAUCAAGUAUCGCUUUCGCACCGGACUUCGCAUCAAGUAUUCGUCGUUGAAAUCGGUACGUGAGUUUUCUAUAUAUUGUAGCUCCUCAAUGUGAUGUAUCGUCUGGAAUGAACGCUAUUGAAGUGCCAGUAUUCAUGGUAAUAUAAAUUUCAGCGCGUCGACCGUCUCGUGGCCCACUUGCUCGCGCCGAUCUUCGCCCCGUUCAUGCUGCUCCAACCCGACGAGAUCCGUCCCCUGUUCGCAGCCCAACAGCCGCUCCAGAAAGAGCCCGUAACCGUGUCGCCACAGGAAAUCAGCCAGCCGCAGAGCUCGUUCACCGGACUCGAACUCUUUCCGUCUUCGCUUCCGCAGGACAAGUGGCCGCAGUUCGACCAGAGAUGGAUGAAUCCGCAGCCGAAUCAGUUCGCCGUUCCCUCGUUCACCCCCUUUUAUCAACCCUUUCAGUAUUAUCGAGGCGGUUACUAG